UUAACACGACGAAGAAGAGAAACCCUUCCGCAUAGUCCCAGUUUGUCCACCUCAGCUCUCAGCCAGGUGGCCCGCAGUUAGUUUGGGAACAAAAUGGCCAAAUUAAAAGACAAAAGACGAGAGAAAGUCAGUGUCGCCACCGAGAUUGACCGUUUGGAGGAGAGGAGGACGCGUUGCCAAGACAACCUGGAGAGGGCAGAGUUCAGGAGCAGGAAAGAGGAGCUGUCUGACAAGGACAGGCAGGAGCUGGAAGAUGAAAUGACGAUCAUGAAUGAGAGGGUGCAAAAGUUAGGCAGGGAGCUGGAGACGUUAAGAGGAGAGAAUCGGAAGAACAUGAUGCUGUCGGUCGCUCUGCUCGUGGUCAGCGCUCUCUUCUACUAUGUCUUUUUCUACAACGAAGAGGACUCGUGAUGGCCUGUGGUAUCUUAAAGGAAGCCUCAACCUGAGAUUAAACAUGAGGCCAGGGACUGUGCAUAGUGGGAUUGAAAUACAUGGGAAAGCUUUAAGAGCCGUGUUGAUGAAAUACCUCAGAUCUGCCUCUAGAUGGCGUCAUUGUCAUUUUCUUGAUCUCCCCUGAUGGCCACACUGGGUUUGUCCUGCACGGUCAGAACCCCACUAUGGCUUAUUGGACUGCAGAGUUGGUGUUGUAAGCAUGUUUGGACCUUAAUUAUGUCUUUUACUUAAUUUCUUAUUGAAAUCUCUGUCUGCAUAUGUCUCUGUACGCUGUUCUAAUGUUCUUGUCCCCUCACGUUCAGAAGCUUUUUGCAAAUGUCAAUGCAAGAGUGUGUUUCAUUUUGUCAUUGCACAGGCUUAUGUGAGUAUUAUUGCUGUAUUUUAUGCAGUGUAUUAAGAGAAGCUUCAAAUGGUGCCAAUCAAGUCUGCUUUUGUCUUUUUAGUCACAUAUGAAUACGUGUGUGUGUGUGUGUGAUAAUGCAUGAUACACAUCACAUGUGCAAUUAAAUGGAUGGAAAUAUUUGAUACGUUUGCUUUUUGGGUUUGAAGUGUGUGUUGUACAGUAUGUUUUGUCACUACAACAAACGGAGAACCUGAGGAAUGUAUUUUUUUUGUUUUGAUACUCAUGCUGGCCAUGCAACCAUCUGCUAAUAAAAGCUGAAAGAUGCCAAA